GUCGUGUUACCAUGGUAACCACCGGAAGGAGCUCAAUCAACGACUUCGAAAAGUAACAACAAAAAACGAUUGGAAUUAAUAACAAGAGUCCGCCUUAAAACUUGAACACUGUUGUAUGAUGGCAGCCACGAAGUUCUGUGACAGGAACGACACUCUCAUUGAUGUCAUGAAGGACCGACAGGAGCAACAACAUCUAGUGGGGAUACUACAGGAGCGGAAACAGAAGCUGGAGAGUUUGCAAAUGCGUGAAGUGGAGCUGCUCAAGGAAGCAAAGAAGGCCAAAGAUCUACUGUCAAGCUUUAAUACCUUUCCAAAGGAGCAAGAUGCUGAUGAAAACAUGAAGAAAGCUGAGAAGGAAAGGAAAGAAGCUAGUGAGAAAGAGACUGAGGUGAAGAUGUUACAGGAGGAGUAUGUGCACCUGCAGCACAGGAAACAGCAGCUCCUGCAUCACAUGCACAGAGACACUGUGUAUAAGAACUUCAUGAAGCAGGUGGUGAAAAUAACACAGUUUGAAGACGAGGCAUCUCUCGCAGGUCAGCUGGAGAGUCUUCUCCGCAUCCGAGAACAGCUAUGUGAGAAGCAGAGGCAAGACGAGGAACAGGUGAACCAUCAGAGGAAAACCCUGCUAGCUUUUAACAGCCAGCAUCACUUGAUGCUUCUGCACAACAGCAACCAGCUGUCACAGCUCCAUCGCAAACUGGAGAGAGCCCAACCUGAAGUGGAACACUGGGAGACAAUGUGGAAACAUAUCCAGGACACAACAGCCAAGGAAACUCUCCUGCUGGGCUUGAUCAAGAUGGCGACACUCAACCUCUAUGAGUCGACAGGCGGCGACGUGGAGGGAGAAAAAGGUGUGGCUCUGGGUGACACUGAGACACAACUGGACAAGGUCAAGAUGUUCAUCCAGGACCACAAAGACAUUGUCAAAUUACACCAAAGUACCACACAUAGCAACAACACAGAACAUAACACUGUAACUUUAUGAAAACAUUACUGUGACUGUAUUUUAUUUUGACAUUAAAUCUAAGUUAUUGUGACUCCAUAGGUUUUCCAAUAUAAAGAGAAAACUGUGAACUUGUAUGGAAGUAGAAUUGUCUCACUUAUAUCAACUUAUACAUAUCAAUAUGAUAUUAAUACAUAUGCAUAUAUUAAUAAAUAUAAAAAUACCAAUUUGACAUGCAAAUAAAAAUUUUGUAUAAAUAAUUGCGUAUUUGUAUAUAUAUUUUUGAGAUUUUAAAAUAUUAACAAAUAAAAUGUAUAAAUAAAAAAUGUGACAUACAAAUAAAUCAAGAAUGUGUAUAAAUAAACGUGUAUUUGUAAAUAUAUUUUUGAGAUUUGAAUAUAAAUAUGCUUGACUUUGUAUUUGUAUUGAAUUUGCAUAUGUAGAUCACUUUUUUGCUUUUGAGUCGAUGAGACAUUUCUACAACAAUCCAGAUGCACAAAUAAAAUGUGACCUACACACUCCUCUGAACAACCAGCCACACAUUGCACUGAUAAGAGAUCAGUAUCUACAUCAGGACAAGGUCAUUAAACAGCAUUGAUACAAUAAAAUAAGCAGCUAGCACGGUUUUUCAGAUUAACUGGAUAAAUUGUGAGUGUGAAUGUUGUCUGUCUAUCUGUGUUGGCCCUGCGAUGAGGUGGCGACUUGUCCAGGGUGUACCCCGCUUUCCGCCCGAUUGUGGCUGAGAUAGGCGCCAGCGCCCCCCGCGACCCCGAAAGGGAAUAAGCGGUAGAAAAUGGAUGGAUGGAAAUUAGCAUUAGCUAAUACAACACUAAUAUUAGCUAGCUCAGGCCUGUUGUGCGUUCUCUCUGUAAAGACGUGGAUUGUUUUUGUGCAGAGAACUCUGGGCAUUUUGUAUAUAAUGCAUAUAAUGCUCUGUGACCCAGACCACCCUGGCUGCAGUGCCCUGUGAUGGUUGUCCAGGGGUCACAUUUAUUUGUGCAUCUGGUGUGUGGUACAAAUGUCUCAUCGACACAAAAGCAAAAGAGCAAUCCACAUAUGCAAAUUCAAUACAAAUACAAAAUCAAGUAUUUGUAUAUGGAAUAUUUGUAUUCAAAUCGCAAAAAUGUAUUUACAAAUUCACAUUUAUUUAUACACAUUUUUUAUUUAUUCUUA